GACAAGAUGGCCGAGCCCCUCCUGAUCGCCAACCUGACGCAGGAGUGGCUGGCGAGCUUGCGAAGGUGGCACCUGGACUUUUUCUUCAUCCCCACCACCAUGGUGACGCUGGCCACCAUGCUGGUCAACCCCGUCCUCAUGGCGUGCAUCUUGGUGUCCCGCGCCUUACGCCAGGAGACGCGCUACCUGCUGGUGGCCAACACCUUAGCGGCGGACAUGCUCUUCCUCACCAUCAACCUGCUCACCGCCGUCCUCAACGCCGCCCGGGCCGAGGUGCCGUGGCUGCUGUGCGAGCUGGUCACCGCCGUCACCGUCACGGCGUACUGCUGCGCCAUCCUCACCGUCACCCUCAUGGUGGUGGACACCUACGCCGCCGUGCGCUGGCCGCUGCGCUACCGCCACCUCCUCCCGCCCGCCCGCGCCCGCAGAAUCCUGCUGGGGGCGUGGCUGCUGGCGGCGAUGUACCCCCUCGCCCUGUUCGUGGUCAUGGAGGUGGAGAGAGGGAACCCGCAGGAGAAGAUGGCCGUGUGCCUCGUCCUCGUCUCCCUGGGCAUUCUGCAGGCCAAAAACAUGGCGGGGAUCCACAUCUACUUCUUUGUCGCCGCGGUGAUCUGCGCCGUGCUCAUCUUCUACUGCUACAUCCGCCUCUACAUGGUGACCAGGACCCAGGGCAUCUGGCAGAACCGCUUCUCCAGAGCCAGGGUCACGCUGUUGGCCCACGGGGUUCUGCUGCUGCUUUACUUCCUGCCCGGCUUCGUCUUCACCCUGGAGCUCCUCCUGUUUCAGAGCCAAGACGUCAGCCAAGAUGUUCGAGUGUGGUUGAGCACGGUCAACAUGUGUGUCUUCAUGUUGCUGCCGAGGGCCUUCGCGCCUUACCUGUACGGACUGCGAUACCGGGAGAUCUCUGAUACCAUAGUGCAGCUGCUGCAUCGGCAUUGUAGACUCAGCCAGAGCACUGUAUCGUAGGUGUCCUUCAUACUUCUACACUUCCUGUUCCAGCCCAUGUCCAUCAAUAGACCUUCAGCGUCACUUAAUAUUAGGUAUUGCUCCAUCCAUCUUCUUCCACUUAUCCAAGGUCGGGUCGCGGGGGGCAGCAGCCUAAGCAGAGAAGCCCAGACUUCUUCCCAGCCACUUUGUCCAGCUCCUCCCGGAGA